AUGGGUGUUUGUGUGACUAAAAUGGAAGCAUAUGAUCAUUUGAAAGUGGUAGGCUUUAUCAAGGGUUAUAAUAAUUGGAUAGCACAUGGAGAACUUUCAAACUACUAUGAAGCCACAUCUAAUUCUGAAAAUACAUCAAUUGGGGUUUCAAAUGGGACUAAUGACAUGCAAGACUUGGUCCAUGAUGUAUUUGGGAUACCACAUGGAACAAAUGAAUUGAAUAGAGAAGGGGACUUUCCUGUUUCAGAGGCUGAAAAAUUUUACAAAUUGAUUGAUGAUUCUCAACAGGAUUUAUUACAAAGACUAUUUAUGUCUUCUAAAAUUGCAUCUCAAAUGAGAUGGCAUGAGGAAAAACGUACAAAAGAUGGUUGUAUGAGACAUCCAGCUGAUUCUCCAGCUUGGCAAACUUUUGACCAUCUACAUCCAGAAUUUGCUAAGGAUUGUCGAAAUGUUAGAUUGGGGUUGGCAUCUGACGGGUUUAAUCCAUUCAACAACAUGAGUUCUACACACAGUACUUGGCCUGUGGUUUUAAUACCAUAUAACUUACCUCCGUGGAUGUGUAUGAAGCAACCGUACUUCAUGUUGUCCUUGUUAAUACCCGGACCAUCCUCUCCUGGGAAUAAUAUUGAUGUUUAUCUACAGCCUCUAGUUAAAGAAUUGACCGAAUUGUGGGAUUUUGGCAUUCAAACUUAUGAUGCAUCCCAAAAAGAAAAUUUUCAAUUGCAUGCAGCUCUGUUGUGGACCAUUAGUGAUUUCCCUGGAUAUGCAAUGUUAUCUGGGUGGAGCACUAAAGGUGAAUAUGCUUGUCCUGUUUGUCACAAGUUCACUCAUGCACGACGGUUGACUCAUAGUUUCAAGCAUUGCUAUAUGGGUCAUCGUAGAUUCUUAGAUAGUAAGCAUAAAUUUAGAAAGCAAGCCCAAUUGUUUGAUGGCACCGAAGAAUAUGGAAAGCGACCACCUUUGCAAACUGGGGAUAUGAUUGUGAGUGAAUUGGGAGACUUGCAAAUUAAAUUUGGAAAACUUGUGAAAGGUAAUCCGAAGCUGCCUUUUAAUUGGAAAAAGAGGAGUAUUUUCUUUGACUUGCCAUAUUGGAAAGAUAAUGUCUUAAGACAUAAUCUUGACUUCAUGCACAUUGAGAAGAAUGUUUGUGAAAAUAUUUGGGGGACAUUGCUGGAUAUUGAGGAUAAAGCAAAGGACCAUUAUAAUUCCCGCCGUGAUUUGAGAGAAAUGGGAAUAAGAAAAGAGUUGCAUCCCAUUGAGACAGAACCUGGAAAGCAAUUGAUGCCUAUAGCUUUGAGAAAGACUUUGCCAAAAUCAGUGCGCUAUCCUUUGAUUCGAUUGAGUAGAUACUUCAGGCAGCUUUGUUCUAAAGUUAUUUGUCCUCAAGAUGUGGUUCGUUUGGAAAGUGAAAUUGCCGUUAUACUCUGCGAUCUUGAGAAAUGCUUUCCACCAACAUUCUUCGAUGUCAUGCAGCAUCGUAGAUUGAUAGAAGAAGGGCAUCCUCAAGUUCCACAGCAUCUAAAAGAGCGGUUGCACAGUGAAAAUUUUGCUUGUUGGUUUGCUGAACAUAUUGACAAGUUAGAACUUCCUCAAAAUGUUUCGGUGUUGAGAGACUUGAGGUUCCUUGCUAAAGGUCUAGAUAUUGUUGGAAUCCAACAUGACAAGUACGUUGUUAAUGGAUUUCGGUUUCACACCAACGAAAUUGAGAAGAAAAGAAAAACGCAGAAUAGUGGUGUUACAGUCAAUGCAACAACAUCCAGUUUUGCAAGUAUAAGGGAUCAAAAUCCAGUUUUGAGUGAACUAGUUUACUUCAGCGUCUUGAAAAAUGUUGUUGAAUUAAUUUACGGAGGUCGUCGGGUGGUGUUAUUCGAAUGUGAUUGGAUAUCAAAUGGUUCGAGAAUGAAACAAGAUGUUGAUGGGUUUACUGUAGUCAAUUUUGCAAAUGUGAGGCCUCAUGUUGAGCCAUUUAUACUUGCUUCACAAGCAUCACAGGUUUUUUAUGUGGAAGAUCCAACUAAUAAGGAUUGGCAAGUUGUUAUCUCUACCACUGCAAGAGGUGGAUAUAACAUGGGCACAAUCAUGGAUGUUGAGACAUAUUUGCAAAAUGAUGUUGGCAAUUCUGUUGUUGAAAUGAGAAAUUAG